GGUCAAGAAAUCAGAUUUACUCAUAAAAAAUGGACUUCAAAUGUCAACACAAAAAACGUAUCUGGCAGGUCAGAAAAGUUUCAUAAAAUUCUGUGAUCGUUUUUCACUUGAAUAUUGCCCAGCCUCUCAAACAUCUAUCUUGGCUUACAUAGCAGAUUGUGACGGACGAAAUCUUAGACAUGGUACCAUUGUUAAUUACCUUUAUGCUAUUCGAUCAAUGCAUCUAGAAAACGGUCAUGGUGACAUUUUAAAAGAUAAUUUUUCAGUCAAGAGAGCAUUGAAAGCUAUUCAUACAAAACAAGAUAAUACAUGUAAUCAAAAACUGGCUAUAGACCAUAAAAUUAUGAAAUCUUUAGAAACUCUUCAUAGAAGUAAAAUACAUGAUACUAUAGUUAUGUGGUCAGCAAUGACUCUAGCAUUCUUCGGGUUAUUCAGGUGUAACGAAAUCACUAUACCAGAUAAUUCAACGUUCUGUCCUAAUAAGAACAUGACUACCAAUGACAUCUCUUUUCACAAAGGUGUAAAUGGAACUUUUAUGAAAGUAAUGUUAAAACAAUCAAAAACUGAUACAAUUGGAACAGGAGUUCAAGUGAUAAUUGGAUGUACAGAAACAAACGUAUGCGCAGUAUGCGCCAUGAAGAACAACCUGUCACUUUUCAUUGGAAAUAAAAAAGAUACACCGUUAUUCGUUCUGAACAAUGGUUCAAUUCUAUCACGCAAAGUCUUUGUCAGUCCUACUAGAACGUG